GUGAGUGUGUCCUUUCGGAAACAAAACCAGCUUGUGUGUCCAGCCCACAGGAGCCACUAGAGAAUCAUGUUACACCCCCAAGAGGUCACCAUAUCCCUGAUGGUUUCAUACAGCCUCCUGAAAUAGAAGCAAUGGUCAAAGAUCCUGUAAUCCCGUUCAUGAACUAUUCAGAAUGUCGAAGGAACGAAGCAUCCAGUCACCCGAACACAGCCUCCGAGCCACCCCAAAGCCAUGAAAUGGAACCGCGUGAUGAGAGGAUUUCAGCCGAAGUAGACAACUCUGGUGAUAAGCCUGAGGAGAAAUUCAACCAAGACCUGGGUCCAGAAACUGUGGAUCGUGAAGAAGCUGAGGCCACCAGGAAACCUCGUGCAGAUGACAUUGGCAACAAGGACUUGGAACAAGUGAAGAGAAUCGCGGCGGUAACUCCCAUGCCUCAGACUGUCCAUGUGGUCUUCCGUGUCCACUACAUCACUCAUUCGGAAGCCCAGCAGAUCGCGAUCACAGGUGACCACGAGUGUCUAGGCCAGUGGCGCCAUUUUGUACCCCUCAGGUGUGACAAAGAUGGCUUCUGGUCAGACUCUGUGGUUCUACCGUUUGAUGCCAGCGUUGAGUGGAAGUUCAUCUUGGUGGAGAGUGGCAAGGUUGUGCGAUGGGAAGAAUGUGCCAACCGAAUGCUAAUAACUGAACAUGAAGAUCAGGUGGCCCAUAAGUGCUGGGGGUAUCAUUGAACAUAGGAGUAUAUUUCUCUCUCUUUACUUACCUACCUUAGUGUGCAUCUCUUUGCUGUGUGUUUACUAGGACUGCCUCAUAGCCAGUCUUUCUUCUGCUGGGCUAGGCUUUAAAAUAGGAACAUGUUCUUCAAAUGAAAUCAAGCCAACAACUCCCUAACAGCAAACAAAUUAGCUACUUAGUGGGCAAUGUUUCAAAAUAAAAUAAAACAUUUCCAACUCUCAGGUUGACAUUAUAUUGUGUGAAGAGACAGGUGUGUGAAUCAGGGACGCUGGACUUAAGGGAUUGUUCAACUGCUCUGUAGCUGUUUUAAAGUAUUCUUAGUUUAUUAUGACUGCAUCAGAAAGCAAUAAAGAUGGACUUUUACAA